AUGUCCCAGCCCGGAACGCCUGUAGCUUAUUAUCAAACUCUGUACAAUCCAAUAGCACCGGGGACGCCUCAAAUGACCCCGCAGUCGCCCGCCGGUUCAGUGCGUUCCGUUGGAAGUUACGCUCCUAUCGGAUAUACCACUGGUAACUACCCGUCUCCGCCUCCACCAGCACAGGGCGAGUACGGCGCUCCUGUAUAUCAGCUUCCAUACGGAGCGAUCCCCCAACAGCAGCAACAACAACAACAAACAUACGGUUACCCUUCCCCCUCCCCAGUAGCUGCGGCCUACUACGGUGCGUAUAUCGGCAAUCCAGCGAUGGUGCGUAGUACCGGAGGCUCUCCUACGAACAGUGUCUGCUCCCUUUCUUCGGAUAGCGGAAUACCUCAGUCGCCCAUGAUUAACCCUAUGCAAAUGUCCCCGAUGAAUAUAGCGCCUCCGAUGGUUCUCCAAAGAGAUUCGUCCGGUAAUAUGAUAUUACCUCCAGUCGGUUACUUUGUUCGUGAUGCAGAAAAUGUUGAUCCGGAAAAUUUAUGCUAUGCGGAUAUUCGCCAGAACAAGGCUGGUCCGCCCGGUAGUGGCGACAGCGCUCGAACAGGAAAUUUCCGAGAAAUUUCGGAGCAGGAAUAUAGGAAUUUUCCUGAGAGAAAGCAACAACGAGAAGAGGGAUAUCGUCGUGGGAAUCGCCAUCAUCAUAAUAAUAAGCAACAACAAGUUUCGCAGCAAGUUGCUGUUCAUGAGGGUUCGGGAAAAACGUUGAGAACGCUAUUGCAAGAGCUCGAUGAAGAAGAUGAGAAUUGCAUUUUCAUCGUUCGCCGCAUUCACAAGUUCGGAUUCAAAUCGCCGGUGUUUUUGAGGGAAUAUUUUGAGGAAUAUGGGCAGGUGAGGAAGGUGUUGGUCGCACAUUCGCGGCAACUGCAACCCGGUCCGAACGAUACAACGAGAACUAGAUCGCGACCCGCUUCCCUUGGUUUUGUUUUGAUGGCAAAUUCAGAAUCAGUGCAACGCAUUCUCGCGGACGGUCCAGCUCACAUGAUUGCUGAUGUGGAAAUUACGAUUGACCCAGCAGGCGAACAAACACCACAGCAACGUGUUGAACUUCUCGAUGAGCUUGUGGACUUCGUCUCGCAAAUUGAUAACGCGAUAAAUCUCAACAAAAUUGGAGGAAAGAUCAAUAGCAGGAUUGGUUUUGGGAACUGCAUUAAGCAAUAA